AAGAACAUGGAUUAUUUUACAUGGUUUAAAAAUGAAAUUUGUUAAUGUUUCUUCAGUAUUUACCCUUAAGGUUUUAAUUUUCACAUCAGUAUUAGAAAACACACAAUUCCACAGGAUAAAUACUUUUAAGAUCCAGCUCUGUGCAUUAAAUAAAUAUAUUACUUGAUAUGGUGAAUUUUAGCAGCAGUUUAUAUUGGGAAAUACAUGUAAGAAGAUAGUCAAUACAAACUAGGAUUAAGGAAGCAGAAAUAUUUAAUUUUAGGAUUAGUGGAAGUGCUUUUUACACAGUUUAGAUCGUGUUUAAGACCUAUGCUCUUUGUUGAUUAACUAAUACAAAAAUGAUUGGCUAUCGCAGCUUUAUUAAACAUUUGGGUUAUUUUAUAAUAUUAAUCUUCUCUAACAAAACAAACCUGUAUUUCAGUUCUUCUUCUGAUUCCCUCCCCCAAAUUAAAAGCCUGAAACCCCUCAAUAAGUAUGAAAAUCCAUACAAGAUUGUGAACUAUUUUAGUUUUCCAGUGAUUUUCUAUAAUUAAGUGUUUUUUCAAUGCAUACUGUAGCUGAGUGAUGCCAAAAGCAGGGGAUUGUUCAAAAAGUCCCUCCAGUGAAUAGUAUAAAUUAAAUAUCUCUACUGUAUGGGCAUGGCCUCACAGAGAGUCUUAGACAGUUUGCAGAUCAAGGCAUUUGCUGAUGUACUAACAUUAAACAAAAUCGUAAGACAGUAGCAGUGUUUAAAUAUGCACAAAUAGAUUCAGAUCACUUGAUCUUUAGCUUUCUGUGCAUAUUUUAAAAUUGGAGUCUGUAUUUCAAGACAAAUGGUAAAAUGUAAGACUUAUUUAAAGAGAACUACAAGUUCUUUGAUUUCAUUUAGAAAUUGUAGGGGUCCAGAUGAGCCCUAAUUAGGCAUAUUUUUUGUAAAACUCCAUGAGGUGUAUUUCCAAGGCAGGUCUGUGUCCUGCAAGGUCUGUACCUUUAUCAUUAGUGAUAAUAGGGUUAGAACAAAGACAGAGUUGACAUUCAGCUUGUAGCUACUGACCCUUACAUUUAAGUGAAGGAGUACAGAAUGAACAUGAGCUUGCUGUGCUCUUUGGUAGGAAUACAUCCUUGUCUGUGUUGGUAGACAGAUAUAGCAUCGACAACUAGAGAACAGGCUACUAAAGUACUACGGUGUUUUAAAAAAUUAGUUGUUUUAUUUGUGAUAUGACAUAUUUCCUAAAGGUUGCCCACAACAGGACCUUGUGGGAAAGAAGAAAGCAACAACUUUAAUCAUUAAAGGAUUCAGUCAUUUUCCUUGAAGGUGGUGCUACAGUAAAAUGUUAAUGCCAAUUUCACAUCGACUGACACAGAAGUUCUAGGACAGUGUUGAUAUUUUGUUCGCAUUCAGUGCAGAUGUCCAUUCUGCAUUUGAAGAGAAAAGGAUGUGGAUUCAUAAUGGGGAGGGAAGAAGCAUGUCCCGUCUGUCUCUAACACGGUCCCCAGUUUCUCCCCUGGCUGCUCAAGGAAUUCCUCUCCCAGCUCAACUCACCAAAUCCAAUGCUCCUGUGCACAUCGAUGUAGGAGGACACAUGUACACCAGCAGCCUGGCUACCUUGACAAAGUAUCCAGAUUCCAGAAUAAGUCGUCUGUUUAAUGGCACAGAGCCUAUUGUCUUGGACAGUUUAAAACAACAUUAUUUCAUUGAUCGAGAUGGUGAAAUUUUCAGAUACAUAUUAAGUUUCCUAAGGACAUCUAAACUGCUACUCCCAGAUGACUUUAAGGACUUUAAUCUUUUAUAUGAAGAAGCAAAGUAUUACCAGCUGCAGCCAAUGAUUAAGGAACUCGAGCGAUGGAAACAAGAGAAAGAACAAAGGAAACAUUUCCAGCCUUGCGAUUGCCUGGUCGUAAGAGUGACUCCAGAUCUCGGGGAAAGGAUUGCACUGAGUGGGGAGAAAGCUUUAAUAGAAGAGAUCUUCCCUGAGACUGGGGAUGUCAUGUGCAACUCUGUAAAUGCAGGUUGGAACCAAGACCCAACCCAUGUUAUUAGGUUUCCUUUGAAUGGAUACUGCCGGUUAAAUUCAGUGCAGGUGCUAGAAAGAUUGUUUCAGAAGGGAUUUAACGUGGCAGCUUCGUGUGGUGGAGGAGUAGAUUCCUCCCAGUUCAGUGAAUAUGUGCUGUGCCGUGAGGACAGAAGACCACAACCCACCCCAACAAUCAGAAUAAAGCAAGAACCCCUGGACUAGAACCAACCCUUCCUCCUUUGUAACCAUAGAAGUGUUUAAUAGUCCCUUAUGUGAAACACUAAGGAUUUGCAAAACAGUAUUAGCAAACAAAUUGUGAUUUUAUGUUGCCAAUUAGUGAUAUUCGAAAACUACCUGUCACAUAGCCAGCCAUGAAACACAUUUGAAAAACCCACCUGUUUGUUUUUCAUGAUGAACAACUGAGCAUGCUCAGCGUACAAGGCUUUGUGGGAAUGUACUUUCAACCGAACAGCUGUGAUGUUGAAAAAGGCAAAGCUUCACAAAGUACUGACCCUUGAUUGGGCUUCUGCAGAAAGACCAAUUAAAGCAAUUUGAAUAUGUCAGCUGGAAAACAACAGUUCUUUUGACAGCACCCCUUCCCGCCUCAAUGAUAUUCUAAGGCAACGAAACAGGGUCCACCAAAAGAAAGAUGGUACCUUAAACACUGCACUGAGUAUCUUCCCUGUCUGAAUGCCACACUUCUCUCAUAUCAGAUGUGCUUUACACCUCCAUACGUUAUGUUACAUUUCUGUGAUUGUAACUCAUUUGUGCUAGCAAAUGGCUUAUUUUUAUAAAACUUUACAACUGAAAUAACUCUGUGUACAGAAUAUAAAAUCAGAGAAGGACCAAUUCAUAGUCAUCUGGUGCUCAGUACUUUAAGCACAAUUGAGGACUAGUUGUUGGUAAAAUGUGCAAAAGUAGGGAUUUUUUAGUAAGGCCAUCUGACAUCAAAAGGGCAUAGCACAGGCCCCAAAAGUGGAGUUAUAGUUCUUUUGAGAUGCCAAUUUUGUUUUCUUCUUUCUCUCAGAGUUUCAAUGUUUUGCAUCAUCAGUGGAGUGGUGGUUCUGCCAAGCAUUUGACAAAGCAUCUGCCAUUAUCCUUUGUUAUUCGUUUACUGAACAUACUUAAAACCCACGUACAGGAGCAGGAGUUAACCAUUUUGGACACCCCUUAUUCUCCGUGGCCCUGGAAUUUUUACAAACGAUAAUAAAGCCCCAUACUUCUCUCUGUCUGACAGGAGCAGGCCAGGUUUUGUUUCGAUAUUUUUCCUUCUAUUAAUUUUGAACUACUAUUAAAAUAUUGAUUUUUUA